ACCUCUCUUCUCCCUUAUUGUUCUUACGACCUGCAACUGAAGGUCUUCAGUCCAACGCCCAACCUACCACACACUUCUCUAUUCUUCUCACCCCCUUGUCUCUUUCUCUCACAGUCAACUUUUCAUAUUGCAAGCUGGUCGGCAGUGCAGCUCAGGUGUUUUGAAGCAUUCAGCUAUUACCAGCAUCCCAGAUGCGCAGAGGCUUUGACCAACCCACGUCAAGCUCUUUAUCACGUGCUAGCGGCACUCGCGAGCCCGCACAGCGCACAAGACAGGGUCGCAACGAUGCUCUUACACAAUCAGAACCCAUCGUAACUCGAUCUAGUCCGUCAAACCCGCCAGUGCUGAAAUUACCGCAGCCGGAUAUUGGUCUUCCGCCUGCUCCAUCAGGGCGCAAGUCGCCUGCAUAUCUCGAAGGCAAGAAUCCGUACGGACAGAUCCUAGACAGUAUCGACCACUCUUACCGAAGGCCAAAGGUUGAACUGGAGCCGUCUUCCCAGGUCGGUGCAAUCUCUGAAGGUAUUCCGCGAACAGCUGGCUUCAAGACUUUUCCUGAAGUUGGAGCCGAACCUGUAAGGGUCAAUGUACCAGACGCUUUACCGUUACCAUUACUGUCGUCACGAACCCCAGCGAAGCCGGUGUCAGUGCGGGCCGCGAAGGAAUUCUUUGAAAGCAAAUCAUCUCAGAGUCGAAGUGCCCCUCUUUUCCCACCCACAGGAACUGCUGCAGCAGCCAAAGUCGUAAAUGCCAAAAAGCCGGUAGUCGGGGUGCAGCCGCCCACCCUGCCCAGCCGCUGUUGCAAUGAUGAAGUCGCUCAGCCUUCGCGUCUUCCCAGUCCAAAACCACGUGUCAAUAUACAGGCAGCUUCGGGCGUGAAACCUUCCAUGCCACGUCCCUCACGGGAUGUCUCGCCUCAAUUUGACUCUCACCAAGGGACCGAACCUUUCGCUCGCCUUAGAGACGACUGCACGCAUCCUGCUGUGGUCCUUCACAAGGGAACAACGCGUCGUGAAUCGGAUGGCUAUGACGUUCUUUCUCCGUCCGGCCAUUCCGAGCCAAGAUCUGGAAAAAUACGAUCUACCAAUGUCUUCGAAACCGGCCCUCGAGAAGCAGACUUGCUGGGCUGCGAGCGACGCGCGGUUCACGAUAGCUCGGAGUUACACGAUGGCAAUAAUGCGUCACAUGUUAUCCUGAGUGAGACGCCGCCCCACAUGUAAAUCUGCGCCAGUAGCUGAGAGCGAUGAAGGGGCGAUUGAGGAAACACCAUCAGCCCAGAAGCAAUCUCAGUGUACGAGGUCUGAUCGCAAUGUUCGAGGACCUAGCCAAGAAGACUUCGAUUUACCAGCCAGGCCCCUCCGGCGAUGCAGGCCUCGCAGUGCCCCUCUAACGGAUGAGGACUCCGCGGUCAUCCAAAGGCUCGAGCUAGAACCCCAAUGGUGUUCAGGCCAUUCCUCAAAGCAUCACAACAGUAGCGCGUCAAGCAAGAAUGUGCAAAGACAGGCAAAUGCCAUUCCCAAC